GGGUCGGGGGUCGGGAGGAGGGGGCCGGGCCGCCCCGGGAGGCCCCGGCCGAUGCCCAUGAGCGCCAACACCAUGAUCUUCCUCAUCCUGGGGGCGUCCGUGGUCAUGGCCAUCGCCUGCUUGAUGGACAUGAACGCGCUGCUGGACAGGUUUCACAACUACAUCUUGCCGCACUUGAGGGGCGAGGACCGCGUCUGCCACUGCAACUGUGGAAGGCACCACAUCCACUACGUGAUCCCGUACGACGGCGACCAGUCCGUGGUGGACGCGUCGGAGAACUACUUUGUCACGGACAAUGUGACCAAGCAGGAGAUAGACCUCAUGCUGGGGCUGCUGCUGGGCUUCUGCAUCAGCUGGUUCCUGGUUUGGGUGGACGGUCUGCUGCACUGCGCCGUGCGCGCCUGGAGGGCCAGCCGCCGCUACGACCCCUCCUGGUCGUGGCUGCCCAAGUUCUGCCAGCUGAAGGAGUUCGGGAAGCGCCAGCAGUACGAGGAGGAGGCGGCGGCGGCGACCACCGCGGGAAACAUGGUGCACAUCAAACAGAAGCUCUAUCAUAACGGGCACCCCAGCCCACGACACCUCUGAGCCCUCCGCACCCCGACUCGGCCUGCCCACCGCCCCCGGAACUGGCCGCCGGGAGGGGCCUGCACUGUUGGACCGGGCCGGACCGGGCCGUCCCCGGACCCUGGACCCCAGACUCCAGGCCCCGGUCUCCGGACUCUGUACAUAUGUACACGGGAUCUUUGCCUACCGUCCCCCAGGCCGGCCGGGCCCGGGGGCCCGGCCUGGGACUCGUCUUCGGACUCUUUGAGCUGCAGACCGGUGGGGGCGGGGGGGAGGGGGACAGGCUCCCCCAGCCCGACCCCCCUGCAGGACCCCGACGGGCCAUCCCCGCCCGGCACUCCCUGGUCCCCGCUCUUCGGCCGCCGGGCUGAUCGGCUCCACCCUCUCGCCUCUCGCUGGGGCUGCAGUCACAGGUGCUGAGGGGGCUUUCCACUUUUAAAACUGAAGGAGGGGAUGGGGGUCGGGGUCGGGGUCGAGACGAGGUGUGUGGGGGGGCGGCGGGGACGGUUCAGGGAGGGGCAGGCGCCCUCGGGAAUCGUUGAGAAGUUUAUCUGUCCCGUCUGCCCACAGCGGGCCCGGGGACGGGGAAGAAAGGUGUGUUGGGGGGAAGUUGGGGUGGG